CAAGUUUCUGAACAAAAUGUCUGCUGCUAUUCUAAAAGGCGCCUUCUUUACCGCCCAAAUAGUCUCAUACAAUUCCGCCAAAAUGCGCCUCACCAGACUUUCUUCUACCAAAGCCCAGAAUAUCCCAAUUUCAAACCUUCAAAAACCUGGAAAGGAGAGUUGCGAUGCUAGCCCUCCUGUGAAAAUUCGCACCUAUGCUAGAAAGAAAAAAUCUGAAAAGGCGGUGGUAAACAUCAGCGCAGAAGAAGUUAAUGCUGAAGAAGUUCGGAAGCAGAAGCUUGACAGUCUACCUGACAUUGAAGACUUCGCAUAUGGAAAGACUUCUGGCCCUUUCAACUCUACACAAGCACCUGAAAAUUGGGUAAAAGUUCUUGAAGGAAUUCGCAAAAUGAGGUCUAGUGAAGAUGCUCCUGUAGAUCUUGUGGGUUGUGAGAAAGCUGGCAUUUCUCUUCCUCCAAAGGAAAGAAGGUUUGCUGUUUUAGCAUCAUCGCUCUUGUCAAGCCAAACAAAAGAUCAUGUUAACCAUGGGGCCGUUCAGCGACUUCUCCAAAAUGGCUUACUUACCCCAGAUGCCAUAGACAAAGCUGAAGAAGCUGUUAUCAAGGACUUGAUCUACCCAGUUGGAUUCUACACGAGAAAGGCUAGCAACUUGAAGAAAAUAGCAAAAAUAUGUCUACAAGAAUAUGAUGGGGACAUUCCAAGCACAUUAGAGGAAUUGCUUCUACUUCCUGGGAUUGGUCCUAAGAUGGCUCAUCUGAUCAUGAAUGUUGGUUGGGAAAAUGUUCAAGGUAUAUGCGUGGACACCCAUGUCCAUCGCAUUUGUAAUCGGCUUGGAUGGGUGUCACGGCCAGGCAGAAUGAAGAAUACUUCAACACCUGAGCAGACAAGGGAGGCCUUGCAACUGUGGCUUCCAAAGGAAGAAUGGGUGGCAAUCAAUCCGCUUCUGGUUGGCUUUGGACAGACAAUAUGUACUCCUCUGAGACCUCGUUGCAGAAUAUGCAGUGUCAACGAUAUUUGCCCAUCUGCAUUUAAAGAGGCAUCAAGUCCGUCCUCUACACCAAAGAAAUCCCGUAAAAAGUAGAACUUGGUGUUUUGCUGGAAUAUUGCUAUUUGCUGAAGGCAUUAUGUUAUUGGCUCUCAAAAGAUUCCUAAGCAUCAUUUCUUGAUCUGUUUUAAGGCUCAUGCCUGGGCAUUUUUGUUGAAGUACAGGCCAAAAAGGAAUGAACAGCCUUCUUUUGUUUAGUAAGGUAUUUGAAGUGUGUUUUGUGGAAUGUUUUGCUUAGUUUAGUCGGUGUUCUUGUAAUUGUACAUAUACCUGUGUGGUCAUCCGACCGUGCAUGUAUACAUACAUAUAUGUACAUAUUGAUGAUUAUGGUUAAUAUUUUUCUUUUCGUAUAUGAAGAGAGAUGAGAGAAAUGUUCAUAAAAGGGAAAAAAAAGGACCAGAAAACAAAAAUACAGAUUAUUCCCUUUUUGAAACCUCUAAUUAAUUUGUAUUGUUA